AUGGUCACAAGUAGCCGCAGACGCCAUUGCCGCUGUCUGACCGAAUGGGCAGCUGUGAUGAUCUGCAGAUAUGGAUUCAACUGCCUACGGCCCGAUUGCUGGUUUCAGCACCCGGAGGGCCGGCACAUUGACACUGGACUUGCUCUUUUUGACCUGUCUGGAGCUCAACCAAGAAAUGCACAGGUUCUGAUCAUGCGCAAUGACAUGGGAAGCUUCCGCGUGCUGCUGCAGUUACGCAGCUGGGCUAUGCAGGUGAUGCCUGGUCAUUUGGCAGCGGUGGGUGGCAUGCGAGAUGCUUCUGACGUGGACAGUUCCGUAACAGCUGUGCGGGAGGUCUUCGAAGAAACUGGCUUGCUAGAUGUGGGGCACUUGCCCAGAGCUGGGGCAAACUUGCAAUUCAAAGCACACCGAGGAGGAUCUGUGAUGCCGCAGUUCUUUUGCAAGUUUGGUGAAGGCGCGCAGGUGGAUUGGUGGGUGCUCUUACUCUCCGGGCCCGGCACUUUCCUGGAAACAUCCUUGGACGGCGCGGCGGAGUGUGCCGAUAUCUCAGGGUUGUUGCCCAGCCUGCCGGGCGCCCGACUGGCGCCAUGCUGGGGCCACGCUUGGGUGGACGCCGAACGUGUGAACGAGAUCCCAAGAUCAGUGCAGAUGAUGGGGGGACUACAACGCCGUGUGCGGGAAGCCUUGGACCUGUUGCGUGCAAGGCAGUUUCGGUGAAAA